UCUCUUUCUCUUUUUUCUCUUUUUUCCUCUAUCUCUCUCUCUCUCUCUCUCUCUCCACCUUAUAAACAGAGAGAGAGAGACACAUAAAUCAAAGAAUUUUCAUUCUAUCUAUCCAUCUCUAUCUUUUUCGUAUUCUCUUCGGACGUGAGUUUUUUUUGUGUACCGUUAACGUCGCCGUCGUCUCAGUCGUCGUCAACAUCGUCGUCGUCGUCGUCGUCGUCGUCGUCGUCGUCGUCAUAGUCGUCAUCGUCAUUGUCGUCAUCUUCGUUGAAAAUUUGUCGGAAAGUGACGCGCUUCUCGUCGUCGUCGUCGUCAUCAUCGUCAUCGUCAUCGUCGUCGUCGUCGUCGUCGUCGUCGUCGUCGUCGUCGUCGUCGUCGUCGUCGUCGUCGUCGUUGUCGUCGUCGUCGUCGUCGUCGUCGACGUCGACGUCGUGUCCGUCGCGUUCGUCGCGGUCGACGUCGUUGGAAAAAGGAAAGGAAGCCAAAAAAAAUAGAAAAAAAAAAGAAAAAAGAAAAAUAGACGAAAACAUAAGGAACGAAGAAGAAGAUAAAAGGAAACUAGAAGAGGAAAGAAAAGAAAAGAAGAAGAAGGAAAAAAAAAGAAGAAGAUAAAAAAACCUACGGAUAGAAGUGACGGGAAAAGAAAUCGUAGAAGAUUGUGUUCAGGAAUGAGAUCGGUUCUAUCGCUGAGAAGAAGAAGAAGAAGAGGAAGAAGAAGAAGUUAAGUUUCUCUUCGUAGACUACGUGACUGUGACCGUGACUGCCAUCGUGACGUGUUGCUGCUGCUGCUCUGCUGCUGUUGCUGCUGCUGCUGUUGCCCCAUUGCUGUUGCUGUUGCUGCUGUUACCGUUCCUGCUGUUACUUCUGCUGUUGUCGCUGUCGCUGCUGUUCUCGCUGUCGCUAAACUACUACUACUACUACUACUACUAUAUUACUACACUACUAUUAUUACUACUGCUGCUAUUACUACCACUACACUACUACUACUACUGCUGCUGCUGCUACUACUACACUACUACUAUUACUACUACUAUUACUAUUACUACUACUACUAUUAUUACUACCACCGUCGGUCUUUCGUCAACGUACCCGACGACGUCGUCGUCGUCGUCGACGAGUAUGCCAAUGGUAUAACGUCAUCGUCGUCGUACGGAUUCAUCUAAAUGGUGGCUCCGAGGGGAGCCGUGGAAAAGCAUGAGGGAAAGAACACCCUCUGCGGACGACACCCCGAGAAGGGCCCCACCUGCUCCGCACAAAGAAGCAGCAUCGGCAGACAGUGCUGGUAGCGAGGCAUCGAGCGGAGGAGUGAUCUUCGACUCGUCGAAGCGUUUCCUGGCAGCAAAUCAGAGCGGUGCAAAUCAGGCACGAACUACGAGAACAACGGUGACGACAACGACAACAACAAAAACAACAACUACAACAACGACAAGGACGAAGUACGAGACUAGCGGCAAGAUGGUGGCCUCGAUGCACAACCUCGAGGAUCUUGGCGUAAGCCAUCCGGCUAGUGCUAGUGGAAACGAGAGACAACAGCAACAACAAGUUCUUCAAGAGAAGCAUGCUCACGUUUAUAGAUCAGCACAAACGGCACAAGACAAAAGGAGUAGGCUUAGCAAUGUGAUAAACAAUUUGAGAAAGAAAGUGCCCGAUAGUAGGAGUGGUAAUGUCGGUGGUAUUGGUGUCGUUGGAGGUUGUGUUGGUGGUGGUGUUGGUGUUGUUGGUGUUGGUAUUGGUGGUGUUGGUAGUGGUUGUAGUGAUUCACCGAUUCGAAAGGAAGAGGAUGGUAGAAAUAGCGUAGAGAGGAAUCUCGAGACUUUAGAGAAAUACGUGAUGACCGUGCUGAAUGGUGUGAUAAAGGACGAAGAGGAGGAAGGUGCGGAAGGGGAAGAGGAGGAUGACGACCGUACGGUCGAGAAUAAAGACACGGAGAAGCCAGCUGUCAGUAGUGGUGGAGGAGGAGGAGGAGGAAUAGGAAUAGGAAUAGUAGGGGCAGGAGGGGGAGGAGUGGCCAAGGACGAAGAAGAAGAGGAAUACGAGGAUUCGAAGGGACCGAAAUUUGAGCCCUCGAAACCGAAUGAAAGUAGAACCGAGGCUGCGGUUUUACCUUCGGGACAUACCGAAAAAAUGAAGAGCGAUCUUGAGGUUGAUAACGUUCGUUGUGAAUACGGAAGCACCGAUAUGGAUUGGACAGAUAGUAGUCCAACGGAGACUGCUAUCGAAUCGGCGGCUAAAAACAUCAUAGAAUUGGGACAUUCUAUGUCAUCUCGUCUUAACUUGUCCUCCUUCGAUCACGAAAAGAACGAAUUUUACGAGAAUAGUUCUUCCACGAAAGAUUUGGAAAAUGAUAAUCGUCAUUUGCGGGAAGAAUCAUUUGAAUCGGAGGAUGAUAAAAGGGAGACUCGUUCUCUUGGUAUGAUCAUUAUGGAAAGGUUGGAUCAUCAAAUUGUCGAAGGAAGAAAUACAACCAGCGUAGAUGAAAUUAUGGAAAAUCUCGAACUACGUGAUACCUGUCGUGAGCUGUUGAACGAUUUAUUGAACGGUAUCGAUCAUUGCGUCGAUAAGAUUAAUUCAACGGAAAUUGCCAACGUCGCUCGCACUUUCGUCGGUACCUUCGACGAGCCAAGAGAUUCUCAGAAUUGUCAACCUGCUACCGCCGCCGCCGCUGCUGCUGCUGCUGCUGCUGCUGCUACUGCUGCUACUGCUGCUGCUGCUGCUGCUGCUGCUGCUGCCGUUGCUGUUGAAACUUUGACGGUUCCACAGCAGUCUCCUUUUUCUUCUUCUUCUUCUUCUUCUUCUACUACUUCUACUUCUUCCUUAACUUCCUUAUCCUUAUCCUCGUCCUCCAUCUCAUCCUCUCCUCCUUCUUCCUCUUCGACAUCUUCGUUGUCGUCACAUCAAAUCGUCGCUAAACCAUCAAUAUCGAAACCACCUUCGCCAACGGUGAGACACCUCUGUCUUUAUUGCGACAGAAAGUUCUUGUCCAUAUCCUUACGACAGAGACAUACCGAGAGGGUUCAUCAGUUGGGCGGUGGUCGUCGUUCCGAAAGAAAUUCUCGAAGGCCAUCGCAAAAUUGUCAGUAUUGUUCUGACAAGUGCUUGGACAGUUUGGAGGGCCUUUUUCAUCAUAUGGCCGGUAAUCAUUCCGACAAAUAUCACGCUUGCGUUCAAUGCUCGACGAGGUAUUUAACGAGGGAAGCAUUGCUUGUUCACAUAACCGAAACGCAUGCUUCCUCCGUUCGAGAAAGGACAACGUCACAAAUUCAGGAAAAAAUGAAGGAACCGACCCCGUCGUGUAAGGAGGUCGUUUGCCAAAGUUCCAACGAAAAAUCGGACGUUCCGCCCUCGAAAGAGAGAAGACCGUGUGACGCGGAAACGGAAUAUCGAUCGGAGACUAGCUUGCUGAAGCACGUCGUACCGACGACUACGAAGGACGUUUUCAGCAAUCCCGGUAGCCCGGAGUUCGAUAGUUCCUUCUACAGCAGCGUGAGUUGCAACAUUCGAGAGAAUUUACUUCAUCAUCUAGAUGGAAAAUUGCAAACAAGCACAUCGUCGUCGAAUAGUUCGUCUAUGACGACGACGACAACUACGACGACAAUGGUGACGACAAUGACGACAAUGACAACAACGAUGAUAACGACGACGAUGACGACGACGACGACAAUGACGACGACUACUACUACUACUAUGGUGGCAUCAUCACCGACGGAAUCAAAACCGCAACAAUCCUUCUACGAGCACAACAACGCGAAUCAAAUCCAAUUUCCGAUCGAUAUAUCGUUAACCGCAGCCACGCCGGUCUACAAUAAAGAUUAUGCCGUUGAGGAAUACGAAAAUUCGAGUGAGUACGCUCAAAAACCUGGAAAAAGUAGUAGGUCUCAUCCGCGAAGGGUUUCCUUCGAGAAAUAUAACUUUCCAAGGAAAUACGACGGCAAAGAACAAUGGACCUGUUCGAUUAAGGAUCUUAGUAAAUUUGAUAUAUCAACGCAAUUAUCAUUGAGAAAGAAGCAACAAAUGUUGAAGGAACGUAUAAUAUUGAACAGGUUACAUCAAAUACCAUCCCUCGUUAACUCGAUCACGAAUAACGAUAUCGUUCAAACUAGUCUUGCGAAUGAACAAACGAGUAAAGAAAAAAGUAAAGACACCGAAGAGUCGAUAAUCGAUCAUACUUGUGCGUCUUUACGAGAUGAUAAUGGCCUUGAUCAGUCAUCGUGUCUUAAAGCUAUCGGUUUGAUCGAUCGACAAGAUAAAGAAAUUAUUCGGAUGGAUCAGCCCGUGGAUCAAUCCUCCGGUACUACGGAAUUUAGUCUCGAGUUCGGCAAUUUCAUGAGACUACAGAAGUGGGACGAUGCAGUGGGCCAUGUUAAUCCGAAAAUGCAGAAAGUCAUUUAUGCCGAACUCACUGGCGAAUGGUCCAGACCGAGGAUUUAUAUCUGCGGUGCCUGUGCUGCGAGACACGUGACGUUAAAGGAAAUGGAAGAUCACAAAUCUUCAAUGCAUCCAAAUGUUUGGUGUUCACAUUAUGAAUUUUCUGGCGAUCAGCGUGAACUUUACAAACAUCUCUUUUUACCAGGACGUAGUAUGCCCACGAUUAAGGCUAAGAACGCGAUAGCGCCGGAGAAAAUUUGCACUAAGUGUUCGAAAAACUGUAGUACCCUUGCGGAGUUGCACAGACAUAUGCUAGAAUGUGGCGGCGAUCAGGCUUGGCUUUUGGGUCUCUUUGGUAACGGGAAAAAGAAGUGCAAGUGGCGUCCAUUCGGAAGUCGUAGCAGAAGACGACGUCAGCGUGGAAUGAAAAGAAAUAUUCAAAAUUCUCAGACACCACGUACGAACGUCCCAAGGGAGAAACAACCGGCUGGGCCUAGGGUUCGACCUAGCGACCGUGAGAGCAUUCAGAAAAUGUUGGCCAAUCUGCCGCCCAAGAGGGCUACCAGAAAAGUUUUACAGGACAGCACGUUGAGAACGCAAGGCAGACUACGUACGGUCCAAACGAGAUCGCGGCCACAUAUGAGCAACGACAGUUCCUCAGCCUCGAGGAUGUCACGAAAUAAGGCCGUUUUGAGGAACAAAUUGUUGAAGAACGCUAAGUCGAUUCAACGUAAUCGUUGUAGAAGUGAUAACAUAUCGGCCGUUAUCGAGAGCGUCGUUAAUGAUUAUAACGUGGAUGAUAAUGAUGAUGAUAAAGAAAGAAAAGUCGAAGAAAUUGAGAAGAAGGAUAAGGAUAGAACGAUGGAGGUUACAGGGAGUACGAGCGAGACAACCAAAGAGAAGAUUGAAACUACCUCGAAGGAUAAAAAAGAGGAGAUGGAAGGUGGUGGUGCUGUUAGAGAGAAUAAUAAACCGAAGGUCGGACGGCCCAGGGUGCUUGGAAAGAAAAGGAACAUAAAGGUGAAAAAUGCAGUCGUAGAGAACGUCGAUCGUAGUACGAUGAGACGCGAACGAGUUAGAGCGAGAAACAAGACGACCUUGAAGUCGUCCAACUAUCAGAUUAGACUGCAAGAUUCGGCCACGUUCGAGGCGAAAUGUACGAAGAAUAUAAAAACGAUUUCAACGAGUAAAAUCUUGGACGUUGAAAAUGAUUCUACCGAUAGAUCUACCAUGGUUCUUGGUAGAACUUUACCUUCUACGAGUAAAAAUAAAUCAUCGCCGUCCGUUCAAAUAACCCCAAAACGAAAACGACCGGUUGAUCCGGUUACUUCUUUGAACGCUUCGAUUAAAGCUAAAUCACAAUUACGAACGCAGGAUGGAAAAUUCGCUAGAAAUCCUAACAAAUUGACGAACGUUCAAUCGUUAUCGAAAAUUCUAUUACGGGAUACUACGAAGUCACCUAUGGCACGGCAAUUAGGUAAAGAUCAUCCUAUAGAAUCGUCAAAAUCGUCGAAAUCAUUUGCACAAGGUUGUACGAAAAUUAAAAAUAACGAUGAGGUUCAAUCGGUACCUAGAAGAACGACCAGAUUAUCGUCGGAUAGUGAUAAAAUGCCAACUCUAGAACCGGUACCACAGAUAUCGUCCAAUGAGGAAUACGUCGAAAAAUCGACGAAUGAUUUACCUAUAUUAUCACCCGUUAGUAAUCCCGAUCAAAAGAUUCUUCGUGGUUCGAUGAAAAAUAUGGAAAAUGAAAGGGAUAGUCCUACGAUAUCCAAAGGUUCUGGGAAUAUUAAUGAUACGAUUGAAAAAUGUUCGACGAAGAUGGAAGAACAGAGACAGUACAAAAAGAAAAAGAUCACCGGUGACAAUAAGAUAAUCGAUCGUAAGGUCGAACACGAGUCGGGUACCUUGAGUUCACGGGAAAAUCAAAGUGGUUCGAGCAAGUUAGUGGUCAGAGAGGGUAGAAUACGAACUAGAAAAAGUGCUCCCACGAAAAGCGUUAACAACGUCGAAGAAAAUGGAAGGAAGGAGGAUGGAAGAAGAGUCCCAAGGGGUUCAAAGUGCCGUGCUACUUCGGCGGACGGUACGAAGAACGAUUCGACGACGAGGGAUGAGCCAAAUCUGUCGAAAAACUUCGAAACGAGAAGUUAUUCAAGAAAUCGACAGGACCGAGGUAUCUAUUCGCAGGACAUGGAAUCUCUUAAUACAAAGGACAUGCCAUUCGAAGUGAAAAAGCUAUUGAUAGGUUUACACGCGAAUGCCAGGGAGGAUAUUUAUAAUUUUUUUAGGCUCGACUUUACCUCCCUCUUAGAUAUCUCAUCGAAACGUAGCCUUCGGCAAUCGGCUUCGAGACUGACAGAUUCUCAGAUUAAUCCCAAGAUCAAUAAGAUUCCAAAGGAACAGGAUUCUAAUAGUCGCUUAUCAACGGAAAUAUCACGAAAAUCAACGUUAGACGUACCGAAGACAUGGUCUAAAACAUCGAAGAAGGAGAAAAAUAAUUUUUUAAGAAAGUCCCCGAGAAAUAGUGAAAAAAAAGUUAUUAUCGAAAAGCCCAAAUCUAUGGACGAAGAGAAACAAUCGACGAAUGUUAUUUCUACGAACGAGGAAAAAACAGACGCGAUCAAAGAUAUUGAUGAUAAUAAAAAUUUGAAAGAAAUCGAGAAAACCAAAGAUGUCAUUGCAUGUUCAGAAACGACGACACCAUCGUGCAAUUCUGAAAUAGAAAAUGAUAAGAAAAAUUCCGUAGAUUCUGACGAUCAAGAACGAUCGGAGAAUCAUCGGAAAAAUCUCAAAGACGAUCAAAAAGUAUCCGAAUCUAACAACAAAGAUAGUAUUGCCGAUGAGAGUAACGACGUGAUCUUAAAGAAGAACACAUCGUUGGGCAAACGACGCGGGAGAAUCAAAUCCAACUUCGAUCAUCAAAUCGUCGAUCAUCAAAUCGUCAAUAAACAAAACGAUGACAUUAAAGAUACUACUACCAUUAUCACCACUACCAUUCCGUCACCAAUAACUUCUGAUAUUACCAAUGAGUCCCACGAUAAAGAUACAAAAGAAAUGACAAAAAAUAAUGAGGAAGAAAAUAUUGGGACUGUUUCGUCGAAGGAUUCAAAAAAAUCUCCAGAAAAUAUUAACAUUGACCCGAUGAAUCUUAAUGUGAGCCAUUUGCAAUCGGAAACGACAAAUUCGAUCGACAGCGGUAAAGAAAAUUCUUUAGAAUCGUCGACAAUUAAUUCACACAAGCCAAGAGUGGGAAGACCAAAAAAGUGUUGGGGCACUAAACGUGAAAGAACAUCGAAAAGAUCAUUGAGUAACGUUAUUGGCAUAUUAACAGAGGGUAUGAACAUACCUGUUGAAGUUCAACAAAGUGUCGUUCUCACAGUUCAAACGACAGUCGAUAACGUUAAUCCCGUUGGAGUUGUUCAAAGUAAUAAUGCUUCACAGCCAGCUGGUAGUAGUAGCGUCGUGAAUAGUGGAUAUAUCGAGAAAAUGGCGGAAAAUGAGACUUCUUCGACGGUGUCUUCUUCCACGGUAUCUUCUUCUACGGUAUCUUCUUCUACAGUAUCUUCUUCUACGGUAUCUUCUUCUACGGUAUCUUCUUCUACGGUAUCUUCUUCGACGGUAUCUUCUUCGAUGGUGUCUUCUUCUUCGACAAUCGAUCGAUCUCAAAAAGAAGAAGAAAAAAAAGAAGGAGAUAAGGAAAUACGCGAAAACGACGAGAAACAAAUUCAAUUAAAGCCCGAUGAUUGUAAAUUUAAAACAAUUGAAAAAUCACCCAAAGUACAUUCGCCAACGAACGAUAUUAUUUUAGAUUUAUCGAGAAGAAAACCUAGGAACAAGGGUUCCUUUUUAGAGAAAAUCGUUUCGAAAAUUGCAAAACAAAAGGAUGCAUUACUCGAAGGCGAAGUAGGUACACUUUUGGACAUAGCUGCCGACGAAUUAACGAGUAUACUCGACGAAGUAGGGCCUACAUUGGAGAACGCCGACGCGUCGCAUGAAAAUAAAAUUAUUGGGGCAACGAGCGAAAAAUUAUUAGAGCCUAAGAUAAUCGUUGAAGAGAGUGUUAUCGAACGUUAUGAAGGUACAUCGGUCGUUACAAAAAAUAAAAUAGAAAAGAAUCCUGAACCCGUUGAAGCGACAAAAAGGAACGAUAUAUUUUCGAAGAACGAAGUUCUUAACAAGCCUGUUAUCGAACGAAAUCAAUAUCAGGAUGAGGAACGAUCGGACGACAAUGUUAUUAAGGAUCACGUAAUAUCGGAAAAUAAAUCUGAAGUGUCUGAUAAAUUAAAUGAUAUUAAAACCGACAAUACGAUUAUGCAUGAAGAAAUUUCUAUAAGUCUUAUGAACGAUAUUCCGAUAAACGAUACAAACGAAGUUGAAAAUAAUGUGACAAAGUGUUGUUUAUCGAUCGAGUUAAAACAAAUCGAUGAUAAAAAUGAAAUAUUUCAAAAUUCGAAUAAUCUCGAAGUAUCUUCGAAAUCUAAACGAAAAUCUAAGAAAAGAUCAUUGGACGUUAACUCAUUGAAAGAUCAGAAAAGUAUACCUGUCGAGGUAUUAUCGAUGGAUGAUUCGCAAACCGACAAAUUACAAUUGUCAGAAAACGAUCGGCAAGGACGUCAGGAUAUGAUAGAAAAUCUAGAAACAUCGUCUUCUACGAUCGAAUGCGAUACAAGGUUAAUUGAUAACGGCGAUGUAAAAGAAUUUCAAGAUAAAAUGAGAAAAACUAUUGAGAAUGAUCUUGAACUUCAACGAGAUAACUCGGGUAAUGAUUCUAACGGGAUUCAGUUUGAUAACGAUACGGUUAUCGAAACUACGAAGAAAUCAGAAACGGAUAUCAAUCAGGAAUUUGAAGAAAUUAAUUUAAAGGAAGUAGAAGUAAUAAUACCAAUAGACGAUUCUAAAUUGAUAACUAACCGGGAUGAAGGAACGAUUAAAGAAAUUGAAAGAAAAUUCGAAGAUGUUUUAAUUGAUAAAGAAGAAACAAACGUUGCGUUGCUUUCGCGAAAGCAAAACAAACGAAAGCCCGAAGGCAAAUUAAAUCCUCCCCAAAUGGGAAGGCGCUUUUCGAAAAGAAAAUUAAACUCCGAGGACGUUUCCGAUUUCAUUGAUGAGAACGUUUAUCGAUCCGAUACGCCCUCGGGCGAGACGAGAGCCCAAAAGGACGAAAUCCCGUUACUUUCGACAUCUCGAAGAAAAUCCUUGAGAUUAAAAUCAUCGUCCUCGGUUAUCGAUGUAUUAUCGGUUAACGCCGAUGAGGAAACAUUUGAAGAGGUUAAAAAUAAUUUAUCUUGCGAUUCGUCGAUUCCAAAUGUCUUUGAAGGUACAUGUUUUGUUAGAACAGAAAUAUCUGAAGUAAAGAAGGACGUAGAAAAAUUAACAUCGAUACAACAACAACAACAACAACAACAACAACAACAACAACAUCCAACGAUAUUGCGAAUACCAGAGAUAUCGAGACUAUACGAGAACAAUAUUAUUAAUCAUGAACAAGAAAAAGAGAUUUCGUCGUCGAUAAUGUUAAAUGAUAUCAUCGAUACGAAUGAAAGAAUAUCUUCUACGGUUUCGAUAUCACCAAAAGUUCCGAAAAAACGUGGAAGAAAAAAGAAAUCGUUAGCAGACGAACAUUUAGAAUUACCAGGGCAGAAAACGAUCGAGAAUAAGUCCCUUGAGGAAUUGAAAAAUGUCAACUCUACGAUCGAUGAACAUUCCGUGAAAAGUUGCACACCAUCAUCGACGGAACUAACGUUAUCGUCGGUUGCCGACCGUGGUUGUUCGACCGAAGAAUCGUCGUCGUCGUCGUCGGUCGUUGAUUUUCCAGUUAAUGCCAACGCCCUUUCGGAACCCUUCAAAGUUCCCGAAGUGAGCGACGUGUUACAGCAUACAAAGAAGCGUACGUCGAAACGUAGCAAGGAACAAUCGGACGAACAUCUUGAUUCGGAUUGCACCACCACCACCAUCACCACCACCACCACCACCAUCACCACAACCACCACCACCAUAGCUGCCGCUGCCAUCGAGUCAGGUCAGCAGGAUUCUUCUGAAACUAACGUCGAAACGAAAGAAUUAAAAAAGUUAUCUCGUACUAAUGAGAUAAUAGAGGAAUUCUUAUCGGAAAAUCAAUCGUCCGACGCCGAAACUAAAGUUAAAUUUGAUCGUGAUUAUGUCGACGGAAUCGAAAAAUCUAAUUCCAGGGAUUUCCUCGAGAACGAUUCACCAUCGUUGGUUACGACGACGUGUAAAUCAACGAAAGCAGGAGGACCAGGAGGAGGAGGAGGAGGAGGAGGAGGAGGAGGAGGAUCGUCGAGACGUAGUAAACGUUCGGAGGAGGAAGAAUCAUCAUGUCUUGAUAAUAUAGAAAAUGUUGAAAAUUUGUCCGAAUCUUCGUGUACAAGUGAGUCCGUUUCUUUUCAAAGAAAAAAACGUUUCACGAGAAAGAAGAAAAGUCAUAAGGAUAAUAUUAACGACGAUCCAGAAACCGAUGGUUCUCUUACAGAUUAUUCCAAAUUGCCAGACGGUAAUAGAACGAAUUCGCGCGGCAUCGAGAGAAGACAAAUCCCAAAGAGACAAGCCAAAAACAAUAUUUCAUUCCGCGAAGAUUUCUCAAAUAGCGAGAGCUCCGAGGAGAUAUUUUAUGAUCUACCUUACGUCGAUCGAAUAGUUGAAAGUGUCAAUGGGAAUCGAGAGUAUGAAAAAAAAUCUACUUUAUCGUCGUUGGAAAACGUCAAAUCGACGGACAACGUAACGACCGAUGAAAAAGAAAAGAACGAAAGCGAAACUGAUAAAGAAGAUUCAUUGGCGGAACAAUCUUUAACUAUUAACGAAUCAGAAUUUGGUUUGGACGGUCGUCAGCUCUCGGAUGAUCUUCAAACACCAAAGAAACGUACGGCUGGUAAUUUCGUCGUAGUUCAUACUAAAACAGGUGAAAUUUUGAUCGUAGAAAAACGUAAGAAAUUAACGAAAGAGGCCGCGAGAUUUUUCUGCGACGUUUGUACGACGAGCUUUACAAGAAAGAGUUCACUUAAAAAACACAAUCAAUCCCAAUCCCAUCUUAUACAAUUAACCAAAUCUGACAAAGAGAAAUUAAACGAUAAUGAUUCUAAAAAUGAUGGAGAGGAUGAUAGAUGUAAGGAUACAUUGACGAACAACGAAGUCGAUCGUAUUAAUCCCGACGAGAACGAUGAAAAAGAAAUCACGAAUGAAUCGGUCGAUGAUAAUUUACGUUUAAUAAAUGAAAAUAUUACGGGUUUCGAGAAAAAGGAUACCUUCAAUGAUUAUCGAAACAAUAUGGAACCUACUGGUUCUUUCGAUAAUUCGGUUAAUAAUCAAGAAGCCUUGGAGGACGAACUUUUGGACGAAGAAAUUUGUAAGAUAACGGAAAAUAUGAGCCACGAUGAGUACGUUCUAACUGAUCACGUAAGCCCGAUACAACCGGAAUCCUCGUCUACUCCGUUGAAAAAAUUAAAUAAAAAAAUUGAGGAUGACGGUAAGAAGAAAAAAUUGGAUAAAAAACGAGACAAAACGAAAAAGAGAAAUUUGGCCGAUGAACAUUUGGACUUGGAUACACCGGGGCCAGAAUUAAUUAUUAACGAGACUAUUAAACGUAAAUCUGUCAAUGAAGAUUCCGAUAUUAAUAAAAAAGAAACGAAUGAUACAGGAAAUCUUCCUACAUCUUCUUCCUGGAAUUCUGAAGUUAUUAAUGAAACCGUAGAUCUUAAAGAAAAUGAUCAAUAUUCUUUCGAAAGAGAUAAUCUCGAUAAUGUUGUUGCGAUCGAACAAGAAGCACGUACAUCAUCAAAUCUAAAUGGUAAAUCGAACGAGAAAGAAUCGAGAAUGAUGAUUUGCGAUUUAAAAGAAGACGAUCUAUUUAAAAAGGAUUUUCCUCGAGCUAUUAUGUCUACGAUAAAAAAUGUCAACUCGUUUCAACAAAUCGAUCUUGAUUACAAAGAAGAAAAAAUUGAUAAUAACGUGUCCUUUAAUUGGGCCAACGUUGAGAAAGAAUUACAAUCAAAGCUUGAUUCUAUGAAAGAUAAUGAGAAUAAGGUUAACGAGAUUGGUGAUGAAAUUUGCAUAUCCUCGAGUACCACCAACUACAAAACUGAUAAAAUUCAUUGCGAUUUCGAAAGGGAUUUUCAAGAAAUUAACGUUAAUAACGUAGAGACAAAGAUUAUUGAAUUUUCUAAUAAUUCGAAAGAUUCUAAUACGUUCAAGGAAAGUUUGAAAAGUGAAUCAAUCUCUAAUGUUAAAGAAACUAACAAUACUGUUGACAAUUACAAUGUUUAUUUAGAUAACGAAGUUGACAGUGUUAAAGUCGAUAAGACCAAUCAAUAUUCCAUUUCAUCGAAUAUAAACGAUAAAAUUGAUUAUGAUAAAAGGAUAAAAGAGGAUAGCACGAAGGAUACCAUAGAAAUUAAAGAAAUCGAAAAAAAUAAUGGCAUUGAUCAUCGUAUCUAUGAAUUAUCGAAUGUAAAUUAUAAAGAUAUUGUUACGUCGAAAACUAAAAACGAAGAUAAUCGAUCUCAUGAUCUGUGCUCAACCGAAAAGAUAUUAAAUGAAAAUUUCCAAAGUUUCGAAGAAUAUGGAUCGUUGGUUCAGAAAGAUAAUGACCUAGAAUUAAUCGAAAUCGAUCUUACGAAAAAAGAAAAUGUUACGAUUUCGAGAAUGGAAAAAAUUAAAUAUAAAGAGAAUUCGAUUGAUUCAAUUGAUACCGAUACGAAUUUAAUCCCAAGAAACGUUCGAAGAUCGUCGAAAUCUUAUAAUAGGAAAUCUUAUCAACGAGAUGACGUCGAAGAGAUCGAUGAAAGAUCAAUGUUGUUGAAUAAUCUUAACGAGACAUUAGAACAAAAUGAUUUAUCCGUAGCUGAGGUUGAGACCGAACGUAUAGAUCAUUCAAAAGAUAUAACGAAUAUAAUCGAUCCUAUCGUUAUUACGACGAACGAAUCUAAAUCAUUUACAAAUGAUCAAUUGUUAUCCACCGUUCGGACGGAUGAUUCGAUCGUUGAAAUAAUUGCCAAAGUUUCCCCAUUAACGAUAAACAAUAAAAAUGAAUUUAAUGAUAAUACGUCGAUCGUAGAAAAUUGUAAUUAUAUAAAUAAAAAUUUCGAUGUUAUCGCGGAGAACGACGAGGUAUCGUCGUCGUCGAGUCUGAACGAUAAACCGCUUUCUGAAUUUUUAAUAAAAAUGAAUAAUAAAAGGAAAAAGGAAAUGAAAAUUAAAAAUGAGUAUACCUCUGAGAAUUUAAUGAUCAAGAAGAAAACAGAAUUGUUGGAAAAUAAUGGGACCAACAAUGAAAUGAUGGUAUCGAAAUCGAUCGAAUCCGAAAACGAUGUUGACGAUAACAACGACAACGAUGACGAUGUCGUCGAUGGCGACGAUGACGACGACGACGACGAGGACGACGACGACGUCGAAGAUGACGACAACGAUAUCGUUAAUAAGGAAGGAAAUGUCAGAGAGAUUGAACAUGACAAUACGAAGUUAACUAUGGAAAAGUACAAUAUUACCGUGAAAGAAAAAUUAUCGAAUGAAAAGUUGACAACGGAAGUUGAUGUUAGCGCCGACGAAAUAGCACCCAUCGAGGAGGAUGAUUAUUAUAAAGAUAAUAAAAAAUCUCGUAUAAUAUCGUCGACUUCGUCGAAUAAUAAAAGCGUAGAAGAAAAAAAGUCUGAGAUCAAUCGUACAUCGAUCACCGACAGUCCACGAGGUAAUACGAAAAAAUUAAGAACGAAUAAGUCAAUUAAAAAAUUGACGCAUAGAAAAUCUCGUAUGACGAGGAAAAAGAAAACUAUUUCCAGAUCGAAAAUCACCGAAUUAUCGAGCGACAGCGAUGGCAGCGAGUACGAAGGUCCUAAUGAGUCUCAAAACAAAAAUAAAAUUGUUAAAAGCGUUUUUGGUCGUGUUUUCGGCGGUGAAAAAUCUGACAAGGUUAAAGAGGUAUUAAACGAUUGGGUAUCUAAGUCGGAAAAUGAUUCGGACGGAUCUAGAAAUGGUUUUGAAUCGGCGGGAUCUAAUGUUGGCUGUAACGUCGUACCGUUGAAAAUAUCACGUGAACCAUUGGAAAUGAAGAAUAUUGAUUACGAUAAUAAUAGAAAGCAUCGUUCGGUUAAACGAACGACGAAUGGUAAACAAGAUGUCAAGAGAAGAAAUUCAUCGUCUGAUAGCAAACAGGAAAGGAUUUCGUCGUCGGAGCAACAGGAACAUUAUCGUCGAGGUAAUAACAAACAUUCGAAAGCUAAAAACAAUACUAAGCAUCGUAUUACCCAAGAAGAAAUUUCUACGCAUAAUUCGAUAAUAUCCACGGUAGAAAAGAAGGAGGUUUCGACGUUAGAGUCGAACUCUAGAUGUAGAUUGAGUAAGAAACGGGCACAAGAGAAGAUAUCUUGGUCUUUCGAAUUUUCAAAUGGCCUUGACGAGAUACUUCCACGUAAGAUACAUAAGCAAAGGAAUAAAGAGACGUCAUACGAGUUAAGAAAAUCAACAAAAUCCGAUUCCAUUGUUAAAGACAAUGGUUAUAAUUCUCACGAUUACGAUAGAACGUUUAUCAAUUAUGAUGGAUCAACGAAAAAUUCAAGAAAGAAGGCUGAUCGUUUGAUCAAACAGUCCGUUACGAAUUCUGAGAUGGAUAAAUCAAUUAUUCGAAAAAAUGGAAAGAGAUUGGGAAAUGACGAUAUUAAUGAAUCUAAAAUCUGUACGAUCGAUUUCGGAGAGAAUGAAAGUUUCAAGACGAUGGAUACCCGAGGACGAGAAGAAAAAGAAAAUCUAGAAAAUAAAGAGGAAGAGGACGAGGACGAGGAAGAGGAUGAUGAGGAAGAGGAUUAUGAGGAGAAAAAUGUGCGAAAAAAUGAAAUCGUUUCGUCGACUAAACAGAUUAAUCAGGAUACAAGAAUCAGAUUAACUAGUAUCGAUGGAGGUUCACAAAUAAGUUGCGACGACGAUAGCGAUGUAGAUGACGUUGAAGUUCAUAGUACUACCGAACUGAAUUGCGAACAAAGAAGGAUGUCACCUUUGUUUGCUCGUGAUACACCAGAUACUUCAUUGGAAAGUAGUUCGAACAGCGAAAACGAGGAUGAUAAUGAUGGAGAAGAAGAAGAAGAGGAAGAGGAAGGGGAGGAAGAGGAAGAAGAGGAAGAAGAAGAAGAAGAAGAAGAAGAAGAAGAAGUAAUAGAAAAAGAAGAAAGAAAACUCGCUUUGGAUGUGACCAGGAAAAGAAGCCCUAGCGUAUUUUCUAACGGUAAAGUCUUGAUUAGAUCGCCAUCGUCGAGUCACAGGGAUCGAACUGAAGUUAUCACCAUAGCACCAACGGACGCCAUCGAAGAUAAUGCUUUAGACGUACCACAGGAAAUAGAAUCGGCUAAGCCACGACAAGGUAAGGUUUUGAACUUCGACGAGGAACUUUUCGUUGAGUGUUGUUCAAGAUUGAAAGCUACAACGGAGAACGAGUUACGUGGUGCGAAAAAGAUCAAACUGGAUCAUUCGGAUUCUUAUCAUAAGAAGGAAGAUCAGAUACAGCUUUAUAGGACCAAUAAAGAUAGAUGGAGGGACGUCGAAAGUCAAAACAGUCUUGGAAGUCUUUUGGAAUCGGUUAAUCAAUUGCUCGGCGAAGAAAUGCAUGGUACACGGGAAAGAGAAUAUAACAAACGCGGUAGUGGUAGAACUCGCAAUGUACAGAGCGAACAAUCUAGUAGAUCGGUAAGCCCAGACAUCUCUCGUGCUGACAAUCUUGGAUACGAAGAUAGUCUUGAUGUUGCCUUCGAGCAUAACAACAAGCUCCGCGACAAGAUUCAACAACGAAUGAGAGAGAGCGAAAAUCUUAUUGCGAGUACGUUUGGACAACGAUCCGGAAGCAACACAGACGAUGGAUACGAACGUCAACGUCUAAGUAAUCGGAAUAAAAUCAACGAGGAGAACAACGAUGCUCCUUACUUACGUAUCGAUGAUCACGGACACUUGUCCAACUCGAACGGGGAUCGUAACGAUACCACCAAUAUCGAUCAUGUUCAAGACGGACAGACGGGCACUAAAACAAACUUAGAUGCAUCAGGAUUUAAAAGCAAAAUGAAUUCCGCCUUGGGCGGUCUCUUAGAUAAAGCUCUUUCAAAUUUAUUGCACAAUAACGGCAAACAUGAUCACAAUGGUUCGACCCCGAUGAAGGUACUCGCAGAGUUAGCUUGUGCACGUGCACCAAGGUCUACUUCGCCAGAAGAUCGACAGACGAAGGUCGCCGUGCCAGCAAAGGAUACGAUCCAGGAGACGAUAUCUGUUACAUUGGGGAAGGAUCUACAACCGAAAAAAACAAGAAAUCCGAUAAAGGAAUUGUUCGAAAGGAAAAAAGAGAUGAAUGAGCGAAGGCACCAAGAAAGAUCAAAAGCUGAAGCUGCGUUACGUGAAUUAAAUACAACGCAGAGACAACAACGAAAGUCAAAGAAAACGAAGAAACGUCCAGAAUUCCCAUUGAUAAGAAGAAACGAUCAGAGUGGAUUAGCCGAAAGGAAAAAACGUCGGGAUGGUUUUGAAUCUAAGGACGAUGCCCUUAGAUCUGAAAAGGUCAAAGACAUUUAUGAUUUUGACGAAGAUGAAAGUCAAAUGGAACCAGCUUUCGGUGGUGUUAUGUCCUAUAGAACGAAAGUUGAAAAAAGUUAUGAAGUAAGUUGUCUUAGAACGAAGGAAGUCGACGUAGCCGGCCUAUUAUCAAAAGCUAUCGGCGAUAGUUUGGAAAAUGGAAAAACUGGAGAUGUUCUCGGUACAAGAUUGGAAUCUAUGAUUGAUCGAAAGUUUAAAGAAAUGGAGAAAUUCGCGCCAAAGACGAAAGGUGCAUUGAAAUCGUUUCAAAGCGAAGAUCAACAUCAUCAUCAUCAUCAUCAUCAACAACAACAACAACAACAACAACAACAACUACAACAACAUCAGCAUAAUCAUCAUCAGCAACAGCAAAAACAACAGCAACAACGUCAAAGGAUCACUGGACCGAUGGAUGAGUUCGUAGAAAGAAAACAAAAACCUAAGCCACGAUCCGUCGAUCAACAAAAGCAUACGAAAUUUAAGAAAAAGAAUAGAAAUUCGAAAAAGAAGCCAAGAAAUGCCUGGUACGAAAAUGAUAGUUCGGACGAGUAUAGAACGGCUGCUAAAACCGAGGACGUUGGUGUGGGCAUUUCUAAGAGUCAGCGUACAUGUUCCAAGGGUAAACAGAAUUUAUUCGCUGAACUUUCGACGUCAUCCGAGAGCGAAUUCGAGGACGACGAGGUUAACUAUGAAUCAAAAAGACGUCGUCGGGUUAAGAAGAGUAAAAAGGAUGUUGAGAUCGAAGAGGUGGUUGAUAAGAACGAAAGAAUCGAAGAAAAUUAUUGCUUUGUCGGUGAUCGAAAUCAGGAUAUCGAGGCGGAACAGGAACAUGAGCAGCAACAGGAGCAACAACAACAACAGGAGGAGGAGGAAGAAGAGCAGGAAGAGGAAGAGGAAUGGGCUGCUAAUUGUCGAACAACAACAGAAACUAUCGAUACUAAGAACGAUAUCGACAAUAAAAAAUCGGAGUCAGAGAUGUCCGAUCAUCCAUUGGUGAUCGACGAGAGAAAGGAAAUCGGUGAACAAAGAAACAGCGAUGACGAUGCCGAUAAUCAAUCUGAGCGUAUCCUAGAAUUGGAUGAUUUAUAUCGAGAAGAUAGUUCGGUUGCUGAUUCCGAUGUCGAAGAUAAUACGAUAACCGGUUGCCGAGAGAUCUCAGAUGAGACUAUAACGAAGAGAAGUCCAGAUCCUCAAAUAGAAAAGAUUUCACAAAAUACUAGAACAGAUUAUACGCCGGAAGAUGAACUUAUUCCAUUAGAAGAAGCAUUAGAUUUGUUAGAUAGACCGGAUAUAUUAAAUACCGACGUAAAUGUGAAUACAACCGAACAAGUGAGUAUUACGACAAAUGCUGGAAUUAUUUUAAAUAAGAUAGUUGAUCAGGCGAAGGGUACUGAUGAACCAAAUGGUCAUCAAAGUACCAACGAAGAACAGGAUGAUGAGGUUGAUGCUGAUGUUCCUGCAUUACCAGAAAAAUUAUCUACGAAUGAAAAACCACAAAAAGAAUCGGACAAUCUACCCCUUCAUGUAUUCUUGAGCAGAAAAGUACAAGAAUCAAAGAAGAGGAAACAGCAGCAAUUAAAAAAAUUACAAGAAGAACAGGAAAGGAUACUAAUGGAGUUUCAACCAACAAGAAGGCAAAGAAAGUGUGCCAUUGGUAAACAGGGUCUUUUAGCAGAGAUAAGUAGCUCAGAUGAUGAAACGAAUUUUAGAGAAGCUCAAAGUAGAAAAUUAACUGAUAAAUCGGAUCACGAGAGAGCGAAGAAACAGAAAAGAGAAUCAAAAGAGAAAAGGAAGGAAAGAUAUUUGGAGAAGAAACACGAGCAGAUAAUAGCGAAGGAACAAAAGGCGAUAGAGGAGGAAAUCUUAAGGGAACUCGAGAAGAAGAAGGAAAGUGCACAGAGAAUAACGACCAAUAAUACUGAAUCGAACGUUGAUUCGUCUCACGGACAAAUUAUACAAUCGAUCAAUCCAAACGAAAACAAAAUUGUAUCCAUUGAUGAUAAUAAUCACGAUAAAAAGAAAUAUCAAAUUAAAGAGAAAUCGAAGAAGAUCGACGAAUCGAUUGGAAACAAGAUCAAUGACUAUGGUCAUAUCGAUUCCGUGACAAUUAAUAAUCGUGAAAAAGCUAACGAUAAUGAAAUAGUUAAUGCAAAGGAGAAUCAUUCAUUAGAAUCUAGUUUGAAGUCGAAGAAGAAUCCCACAAAGUCGGUCUCUAAAUUGAAGAAAUCGAUAAAGGGAAGUGGUGGUGGAGGUGUCGGCGGCGGAGGAGGAGGAGGAGGAGGAGGAGGAGGAAACGAAGGAAAAACAGUGAACGGUAAUAAAAGAAGUAGAAUAACGAAUUCCGAUAGGUCCAAAAAUGGUCGUUUAGGUACGAACAAUGGAAAAGAUUUGAAGGAAAGAAAAUCGUCUAAUUGUAAAAAAGAUGGAGACGAUGACGAAGAAUUAAAAACUACGAAAUCGUGGAACAAAGUAGAUGAGGGUGUAGGCGUUGCUAUUGGUAGAAGAAAACGUGCUGCUGUUAAUCAGCUUUAUUAUUGGUCAAGUUCGAGCGACGAGGAGGAAAUAAUAGAACCUGCGCCAGUGAUCGAGGAAGAAGAAGACGAUCGUCAGGAACAACAUGGUUGGAUAGUCGGCGAUUCCCAUAAACGUAUGAUAACGAUGCUGGCUAUGGAAAAACAAUUGAAAGAGAAACGACGCAGAAGCGAGGAUGAAUUUGAUUCGGUUAGAACUAAGAAUAAGAAGCACAGAAAUAGUACUUCUUGAUACGUAUUUCACGAUUAGAUUAAUAAUCGUAGAUUUCAAAUAGGACACAUUAUAUGUUCGCGUUAAUAUAUUUGCUCUCUCUCUCUCUCACUCUCUCUCUCUCUCUUUCUCUCUCUCUCUCUCUCUUUCUCUCUCUCUCUCUCUAUAUCUCUCUCUCUAUCUCUCUCACACAUACACACACACACACACACA